AUGCAACGUCGCAAGUCUCUUUUAAUCGGGAUCAAUUACACCGGCAGCGACAAUGCGUUGAAAGGAUGCCAUGAGGACGUCGACAAUGUAGCCGAAUUCAUCAAGUAUCGAGGCUACGAGGACGGCCCGCAUGACCAACUCGUUCUCAGAGACGAUCUCGAGGACGAUUACUACCCGACGGGUCACAACCUGCUGGCAGCCAUAGACUGGUUGGUUAGCGAGGAGAAUACAAUAUGCUUCUUUCACUACUCUGGACACGGUGGUCAGAUCGAUGACCCUCAAGGCAGGCACCCGUCAGGUCUGCUCGAUACAAUUGUACCCGUCGACUUCGAGGAAAAUGGCCAGAUCGACUCAGACACGCUUCACCAACAUCUCGUGAGCAGACUCCACCCAAGCAGCUCCCUAUUCCUCAUCCUCGACUGCUGCCACUCAGGAUCGACCCUGCAGUUGCCAUUCAUUUAUCGAAGUGACGAUGGCGGCAACGUCCAACAAGUCGACGCCGAAGGGAUCGGCAAACAUCUCAUGAAGGAUGCAAAACAUCUCAUCACUGGCGGCUUCAGCUUUAACAAAGAAGCCCAAACUCGAGAUCUGUAUGCUGGAGCAACAUCCUUGUUCCGCAGCCUGAAGCAUCGUCGACAAGCGACAGGUCUAGAGGCAGACGAAUUCACUCAAAGUUGGGCACACGAGAAGAAGAUGAUCACAAUGUUCUCUGGAUGCAGAGACGAACAAACCAGUGCCGAUGCCCAGAUUUGCGGCUCCUUGAAAACAAACCCAUUUCCCACAUAUACUUCGGCUUUGCAUGCUACCCGUGCCUUGUUGAAGGCAUCCGCAUAUACACAAAUUCCUCAGCUUUGCGUAGGUGUUGAGAUGGAUUUGGACCGGUCAUUGAUUCUCUAGUAUGCCUCCAGGCUCUUAUCUCUCCUCGAAGC